ACUGUUCGCACCGCGCCGCGCCACGUGGGCCCCGCACCGCACCGGACCGCACCGGAUCGCGAACCGGUCACGCGUCGAGCCGGACAGCCGCACCGACUAUCGGCUAGCCUUGAAGCCGCUUGGCGUCGCCGCCGUUCGCUGUUUCCUGCUGCCUCCAUGCUCCAGGCCGGCCAGGCCGCGACCCUCGCCAUGCCCGCGAUGCACAAGCCCUCCAGUUGACCGCAGCCUCCCUCCACGCCGGCUCGCUCUCUCUCCCUCUCUGGCGUGCAGUGAUGUGUUGAUUCCUGGAGUAGAGCGCUUAGCGUUGUGACGCCCUGAUCUCAUAUACGAGCCGCAUCGAUCUCUCUUCAAAAUGCGUACUCAAGCAGAAGCCCCCCUUGCCAUUACGUCCAACGGGAAACCUCCCAUAAUGCUGGGUGGCGUUCUCGGGGAAGAUGAAGAGGCGCAGGAUGCCUCUUUCUCUGGGCCUCUUUUGUUUGACGACGGUGACCAUCACUGUCGGACACUUCAAGCCCUCAACAUGAUGCGCAAGAACAGGCAUUUCUGUGAUGUCAUACUUCAUGUUGGCAACACAGAACUGCACGCUCAUCGGGCUGUUCUUGCGAGCGCCAGUCCAUACCUCUUUGAAAUGUUUUCUUCAGAAGAGGAAGCCAAAACCAAUGCCAGAGAAACUGUCAUCACAUACAAGCUGAAUGGUGGAUUUGAAAGGUCUGCCAUUGAAAAACUUGUUGACUAUGCUUACACAGCCAAGCUGUAUGCUGAGCCGCGGCAGGUGAAGGGCAUUUAUUUGGCAGCUUCUCACUUGAAGAUGGAGUCGGUUGUUCAGGAAUGUGCCCGCCACCUCAUGGAGAACUUGCACGUUGAUACUUGCAUUGACACCCGAUCCUUACCUGGAAUCACUCGUCAGAAGAGCUUAGUCUCUCAAGUUGAUGCAUUCAUUGCAGAGAAGUUUGAAGCCGUGAGACAGACUGCAGCAUUUUUGGCUUUGACUUGUCUACGUGUUGAGCUGCUCAGCCAGACUCGUCAGGAAAUGUCCCUGGUUGGAGGAGAUUCAGUUUGCCAACUGGUUUUGGAGUGGUUGAGGAAACAGUGUGAUGCUGAGACGGUGGACAUAGAUGAUCUUGCUGAGAAGAACCAUAUGUUGUAUCUGGCUCUGGACAACUCUCUCCAGGAUUGUUCUGAUCUUCCUAGUGGGGAUUCCAAUGACACUGAGAUGGUGCAAGACUACAAGAAGUUGAGCAAAAAAAUAACAUCAUCCAAGAAUAACCGUCGGAAGGCACCUCUUCAGCCUGCCAAGCCAAGAGUUCUCUUUCUAGCUCGAGAUAUUGGAGAACAGCUUGAAAUUGAUGAGCAAUCUGACAGCAUUCUCAUUGCAUCUUGCAAAGUUUCUGACUCUUCAUUCCAAGCGUUGGUGACAUUUGGGUCCCGUUUGGUGUCCAUGUCUGUAACCUUACGUCUUAACCAGCCAACUGCAACCACUCCGUCUCCUAUUGCCACUACCCCAGUUUCUAACAGCAGAGCAGAAAGUCAAGAGAAGGAACAGCAACCUGAUAUGUAUUGCGUCAUGGCUCACAUGAGUUCCAUGAAGUGCUCAAGCGGAUGCGCCAACUUAAAUGAGCAGCUGCUUGUUUGUGGUGGUUAUGACCGAGUGGAAUGCCUGAAGAGUGUGGAAGCCUACGAUCCGGAGUGGAACAUCUGGGCCUCAGUGGCACCCAUGCGGGAAGCUCGAGGUCGCUUCAACAUCGCAGUUGUUCGCGGUGAAGUUUAUGCUGUGGGCGGCAGCAACGGUACAACCGAGCUGGACACUGUUGAGAAGUACAAUCAAGAAACUCAGAAGUGGACUAAGGUGGCUUCUCUUCCGUUAGCUCGGUCCCACACAGGUGUGUGCAACUUGGAUGAUAAGAUCUACUGCAUCGGUGGCUGGAAUGGACAAGUUGGCAUUCGUCAGUGCGACGUUCUGGACCCAGAUGUAGGGAAGUGGAUAAGCAUUGCACCUCUCCAUACAGGACGUUACCAAGCUGGAGUUUGUGCAAUGAAAGGCCAAGUUUAUGCUGUUGGUGGUUGUGAUGCUUGGAACUGCCUUAACUCUGUAGAAGUGUAUGACCCAGAAACUGAUGAGUGGAACUUCGCCAAUGAAUUGAUCACUGCUCGCCGAGGUUGCGGUGUUGCCUACUUCAAAGGAAAGCUGUAUGCAGUUGGUGGAUCAGAUGGGACUCAUGCUCUCAGCACAACAGAAAUUUAUGACCCAGAAACUAAAGCUUGGACCCCCGGUCCAAACAUGACAACGCCUCGAGCCAAUGUUGGAGUAGCUGUAAUUGGCAGUCGCUUUUAUGCUGUAGGCGGAUUCUCAGGUAAAGCAUUCCUGAACAGCAUUGAGUACCUCGAUGAAAAGACUGACGAGUGGACUACAUUUAUGCCAAAGGCAUCAUCCACUUCUUCUUCCCCAUUUUCCGUCUCACCAACUCCAAGUGGCAAGACGUCCAUGGAUCAACAUUUCAACUUUGAAGCCAAGACAAAUGGAGUCAAUGGACAGCCAUCUGCUCUAAAACUAUCUCAUGUGAAAGCACAAAAUGGGAGUAAUGGUGAUCACAACGAGGAGAAGUUAGAUGGGAAUGAAUAAUAGUAGGCUGUGUAAAUGAGAGAUUUAUUUUCUGAGCAAGGAUUGAAUGUGAUUAAUACCAGAACUUGUCUUUGAACUAAGGCUUUAAAAAGUUGCUUUGCCAUGGAUGAGAACAAUUUCUUUUCUUUUUUCUUAUGUUUCAUAUAAUGUUUCAAUACCGUGCAUCUUUAUUUUGCAGUAUUUUCUUGAGAAUGUAUUUCUAGUAUAUCGACUAGUUCCACUAAGUUAAGAAUGGUGCAUUUAGUUUUGAUGUGUAAGGCAAGUUCAGCAUUAUGAAGAAAACAAUCCUUUAGGUUCUGAUCAUACGUUCAUCACAGUGGGAGUGUGAAUUCCUUAUUUGUUAAUUAUGUCAUGUUUAUUGUUAGUCGCUACUGUAUUGAUUAUCACAUCCCCCUAUUUCUAAAAAUCAAUCCUUCCCAUAAAUUACCUAUUGUACUAUUAAAUCUGACGUUUUUAUUGUUGGGCAAACAAAAAACACAACUUUCCUGUGAUUCUUUCCUGACUAAAAGUAUCUUUUUUUCCCUCUUUGCCAUAUCUCCUAAAGUCUGAAUGGUUUCCUUGCACUCUUUUGAGGCUUACAAUUUGUAUUUGUAAUAAUAAGCCAGCACAGGCAACUUUAUCCUAAGAAUUUCAUUAGAGAUUUUAUGUAGAAGAUUUUGAUUUCUUGUUCUGAUGGGCAUGUGCUUAAGUUCCUACUUGAUUUUCUUAUCAGUUACAGUUUUCUUACCAUUUAAUUUUACUAGACCUCCUAUUUAUUUUACUACAAUUUUUGUUUUGUUUCUCUCUAUUCCCUCCUUUCCCUCUAUCUCUGACCAUAUUCUUUAAUUGUAAGAUUCUUUCUUUGAUACUCUUUUUAUUCAUACAUAUUUAACAUUUCAUAAGUAAAUAUACAGUAAGAACUGAGGCAUGAGUGUUUGUCUAGUACCACUGUUUUUGAAGUAACUGUUAUAAUGAUGCCUCCUGUCUUGAUUAGGAAUGUUGCUGGUAAAAGUAGUGCAUGCUGCUAGCUUCAGUUACUAGUACAUAGAUUAUAUUACACAUAUAUCAAGGCAAGAGAACUAAUGUGUCAAAACUUUCUGAGAGUACCGAGCUGUACGUAGAGAUGAUUCUUAUUGAUUUUUCCCUUGUACGUAAUGUCUUAUAAGUAGACACUCCUUUCAGUGUUUUUGUUAAGUAAUUGCUGGGAUUUCCAUUCUCUAACGUGUUCUGAGCCAAGUUGGUUACAAAUCCUCCUGUGUGCAAGCUGCCAGGCCAGAAUAUUUCAGAUGUCACCACUGUUGUAGAUACUGUUACUUCAUUCUUAAUAAUUUAGAGAUUGCAUUCUGAUGCUAGAAAUAUUUGUCUUUGCAAAAGAGGUGAAUUUAUUGUAGUGCCAUGGUUUUAUCAUCAUAAACCUGGAAUUUGUCUGUAACAGCUAGUGACCUGUGACUUACUUGUUACAUGUAGUUGUAGAAACUUGCUUGUGGCUUAACCAGUGCAGGCCCGGUGGUUUCUUUGUAGUAGUUCAUAAAAUUCCUUUGUAGGCAGUUUGCAAGGAAUUCACAAGUCAUUGACAAAGAAUCUCUGGAGAGUUAAUAACUUUAUCUAUGUGAACUACAGUAUUUCAGUUUUGGAAUGAACUAAGUACAAAUUAAUAUAUUAAAUCAGGUGCAGUGUAUGGUGUGUGGCUGGCCCAUUGCCUUGUUUGAGCUGGUUAAUUUUUUCAUACUGUUCAUUGGCGUAUACUUUUGCUAUUUUUAUAUGUCAAAUUUCAAAAUCAUGAUGACUUUGGUUAGCACAAGCUAAUUUCUUUUACAAUUUUCCAAAUGUUAAAAUCACAUUUGGCCAGGGAAAGGUAUAAACAUUUGCGUGUAUCCUGUCCCAAUUUUUUUAAAGAGAACAUAUUGCUAUAUUAUUUUUAUUGUUUUUUCUAUACUUGUUUUUAUUAAUCAUUGUUCAAAACAAGAUUAAUUUUAUCCUCCUAUACUGACAAGAAAUCAUGUGAAAAUGAUUUUUUUCAAUUGGAAGGUAUUGUACUAGUGUCACCAUUUUGUCAUCCCCGCUUAAUGGUAAUGACAGUGAGUUAUACAAUUUUACGUUUAUAACGCACUUAAACUUUGACAGGGUAUUAAAGCUGCUGGGGCUUAAAUUCAAGACAACAGUAAAUGGUCCAUUUUUAUUUAUAAGUGUAUGUGUAUGUGAGAUUUCUUUUGUGUGUCUGUGCAAUAUGUCUGAAAAUCUGUAAUGUAUUGAAAGAUACCACUGUAAGUUGGCUUUUCUUCGUAUCCAAACUAGCAUUUCAGAAGCUCUCCGAGCCAGCAUAAUGAAAAAUCUGAAUAAAUGGUUCAAAUAUCUGUCUUGCCUA